UGUUCCAGUAGGGCGACUUGGGUCCGCAGCAGGUGUGCUUUGACAUUGUUUCGUGGGUAAAUCGCUGGGAUCUAUUCCUCAGACCUGACCCGCUGUCUGUCCUCUCGGGCUCCUGUUUACACACCUGCACUGGAACCAUGACCUCCAGGCUCCCCGUCCUCCUCGUGGUCCUGAGCAUCACGGCGGCAGCAGCCCAGCUGAACGUGUUUGACCUGCGGGCCAGCGACCUGCCGUCCAACAUCCUGGGGACCACAGACGGCUACGUGAAGGUGUUCAGUCGCUCCACUCUCCUGGGGGAGACGUCCGUCCGCAACAACAACGAAGACCCCUGGUGGGAGGAAGAGUUCACUGACUACAAGGCCCAGGAGGAAGAGGAGCUGAGGCUGGAGGUCUGGGACAGCGACUACCUCUUUGACGACUUGGUGGGAGUCUGUCAGAGGAAGAUGAAGCCGGGAACCCACAAGCACGACUGCUUCUUGGACGGAGGUGGAACCCUCCACUACUCCUACACCCUCGGCAACAGCAGCCGGGCGGCUGCCGGAACCUGCCUUUAGUACUGCACAUCACUUCUAGAUGUUUUUGAAGACUGGUCCUCACAUCACUUAUGGCGCUUUUCCACUAGUACGGGCAGUACUGGAGUUGAGGGGGGAUGAGGGGGGAU